UCUCUUCAACUGAGUAGAAAAAAAAAUAAAUCUUUAUAUAUAUUUUUUCUUUCUUCCUUGUUUUCUUCCUCCGUCAUAUAUUAUUUAAAUUUAACCUCAUAAAUGAUAAAUCAACACUAGUCUUAAAUAUCGAUAUUAACCGCGCUAAAACUCUAAUUUUAAUUAUUUAAAUCUUGUUCUUUGGGAUGUGAAAAGAAUAAAAUAAAAGGGUUAUACUUGUGAGCACUGAGCACUUCCUUGAUUAUUGUGCCUUGUCGGUAGUCUUUCCAUCUUGAUUGGCUGGGAAAAUUAACUGGGUCAACGGGUCCUUACCUCUUGUGUCGUGAUCAUAUUGAUUCACCAUAGUGACACGAUAAUAUGUAGAAGGAAUAAAAAAACAGUUGGGUGAUAUUGUUUUCAUUUUACCUCCUAUGUUUUGAUAGGAUCGAGAUAGUUGUUAAGAAAAGAUUGGGAGGGAAAAUAUUCAAUUGUUAAAAGUUAACAUUGAUCACUUGACUUUACAGUUUACACUCUUUCUUUUGCUCUGUUCUAUAUUGCAACUAUUUUCUUUCAGAAAAGAAGGGGCCUCUCGACAUGAUCGUGAUUUUAUAUCUGUUCCCUUUUCCUAAUGAAACACUGCUAUGCAUUCUAAUCUUCGUGGGGCAAAAUGGAUCAACAUAUUACAACACAGCAGCACUAGUUUCAUGCGUGCAAAGUUUCCCUGAGAGCAGAGGCCCCGUGGUGGGGAUAUUGAAGGGUUUCGUUGGCCUAAGUGGUGCAAUUUGGACUCAAAUAAUAGCCAUGAUCAAACUCCCCGACCAAGCCUCUCUGAUAUUCAUCAUAGCAGUUGGACCCGCAAUGGUUUCAUGCACCUUCAUGUUCAUCAUAAGACCCGUUGAGAGUUAUAGACAAUCAAGAGCCUCUGAUGGAUCAGGCUUCAUGUUUAUCUACAGCAUUUGUCUCCUCUUGGCUGCUUAUUUGAUGGGGGUUUUGUUGCUAGAAAACAUGCUUGAUUUGGACCAAAGCACCAUCACAUUGUUUGCAGUUGUUUUGAUCAUUCUCAUAUUGCUUCCUAUUAUAGUUCCCAUUCUAUUGGUUUUCUUCUCUGGACCCCAAAACCCUGACCAAGAAGCCCUUUUGGAACCACCAAUGAUAGCAGAAGAAACCAAGUCCAAGCAUGUGCUUGGACUGGGUGAGAGUGAGACUAGUACUAGUAAUUGUACUACAAAAGUAACUACCAAACAUGUUGAAAAUGAGAAGGCUUCUUCGAAGCUAGAAGUGCUUCCUUUGUCAGAAGGGCCUAGGGACAUAUUUCAGUUUCAAGCUAGGCUUUGGCAAGGACUCACCAAGGCUUUGAAGAAAAUCAAGAGGAAAAAUGGGCCACAUAGAGGAGAGGAUUUCACCUUGUCAGAAGCUAUGGUCAAGGCUGAUUUUUGGAUCAUGUUCUUCUCUCUAGUCAUGGGAGCUGGAUCGGGCUUGACAAUCAUAAAUAACAUGGGUCAGAUGUGUCAAUCAUUGGGAGACGACAAUGUCAAUGUUUAUGUGUCGGUUAUCAGCAUAUCCAACUUCCUUGGUCGUGUUGGUGGUGGCUACUUCUCAGAGGUUAUAGUAAGAAAUUUGGGGUAUCCGAGACUUGUUGCAUUGGCAGUGAUUCAGGCAAUUAUGUCUUUGGGACUCUGCUACUACGUUUUGGGUUUGGUUGGACAAGUUUACGUGGUGGCCAUAUUCAUGGGUUUUGGGUACGGUGCCCACUGGUCAAUUGCACUAGCAGCAGCUUCAGAGCUAUUUGGCUUAAAGAACUUUGGAACUUUGUACAAUUUUCUCACUAUGGCUAGUCCAGCAGGGUCUCUCUUUUUGUCUGGAUUUGUAGCAAGCACAAUAUACGACUAUUAUGCUGAGGAGCAAGCAAAGCACCGAAUGCCUCAUGUGACUGGAACCAAUGACUUGCUUCUUUGCGAGGGUAACAUUUGCUUCUCCAUAACGUGUGGAAUUUUGGCACUAGUUUGCAUUCUUGCGGCUUCUUUGAGCUUGGUCUCGGUUCACCGAACUAAGAGAUUCUAUGCCCAACUUUAUGGGGAGUCUCGAACAUGAGUUGAAGAAAGCAGAGAAAAAGUUCUUAAGUUCCAAUCAUUCAAGGGAAUGGAUGGAGAGUGGAGAGUAAUUAUGGUUUGAAUGUUGUGUUGAGUAAUUGUGUGUAUAUGCUCUUCCUCUCUCUUUUUGGCUCUUUAAGAUCUGUAAUCAUAUUUUAUACCAUGGUCCCCUUAGCGAUCUUAUGUGCUUGGGUAUUAUAUAAUAGAAUUGUGGAACCACUUGCAUCUAGAAGGAAAAAAGAGAGGGGGGAGGGGGCUUGUUAUGAAAACGGUUCCCUCUGUAUGUUCUUGUAUAAAAAGGGCAUUUGUUGAUUUGAGUGGCUACAUGUUCAGCUGCAAACGAGUUGUUAACACCAUGUUAUAUUAGGAUAAUAUUAUUGUUAAAUCUACAUUUAAACUUUUAAGUUUA